CCUGACAGCCUUAUCUGUCAGGCAGCACAAAGAGGAAACUCUACUAGCAGGAUGGAAGGGAAGGCUUGCUACUUGAAUAGACCCAAGGUUGAGCUUCACGUUCACCUGGAUGGAAGCUUCAAACCAGAGACAAUCAUGCAAUUUGCAAAGCGGAGGCAGAUUAAAAUCCCAGCAGACACAGCAGAAGAACUCCUUCGGAUAGUAUCAUAUGAUGAACCUCUCUCUCUCACAGAAUUUCUGACCAAAUUCAACUAUUACAUGCCUGCCAUAGCAGGUGACAGAGAAGCCAUUAAGAGGGUUGCCUAUGAAUUUGUCGAAAUGAAAGCCAAGGAAGGGGUAGUGUAUGUGGAGGUCAGAUAUAGCCCUCACUUUUUGGCCAACUCCAAAGUGGACCCAAUCCCAUGGGGACAGAAAGAGGGGGACAUCACACCGGAUGAUGUAGUUAACCUUGUUAAUCAAGGAUUGCGAGAAGGAGAAAAAGCCUUCAACAUCAAAGCCAGGUCUAUUCUAUGCUGCAUGCGGCACAUGCCAAACUGGUCCUUGGAGGUGGUAGAACUCUGCAAGAAAUAUCAAAACGACACUGUAGUAGCAAUUGACCUGGCGGGUGAUGAAUCUCUGAACCUUGAGGCGGCUCCAGGGCACAGAAAGGCAUAUGAGGAAGCUGUAAGAUGUGGCAUCCACAGAACAGUACAUGCAGGAGAAGUUGGGCCCCCAAGUGUUGUGAAGGAGGCCGUGGAGGUGCUAAAGGCAGAAAGGAUUGGGCACGGCUACCACACCAUAGAAGACCCGCACCUAUACAAGGAGCUACUCAAUAAGAAGAUGCAUUUUGAGACUUGUCCAUGGUCCAGUUACCUCACCGGGGCCUGUGACCCAGACUUCACCAAACAUCCUGUGAAACAAUUUAUGAAGGACAAAGCAAAUUACUCCCUGAACACAGACGACCCGCUGAUCUUCAGAUCCACUUUGGAUGUGGAUUAUAAUAUAGCAGCUAAACACAUGGGCUUCACUGAAGAUGAAUUUAAGCGAGUGAACAUCAAUGCAGCAAUGUCCAGCUUUCUACCAGAGAAGGAAAAGAAAGAACUGGUUUAUAAAUUAUAUGAAGCGUAUGACAUGGUGCUGACUACAGGGCUUUGAGCAGAUUGUACCACGGGAUGCCGGAAGUUGCUGUCAUCAGACCACAUUUUUAAGGGUGGGAAUAGCUGUACAACAGGCCACCAUGUAUGAGAUUAAAAAGGGGACCUCUUGUUAUUUGAGAAACAGCGCCACUCUUCUCUCUAGGCUGUGCCUGGUAUUGCAACCCAGUCCGAUUCACUUAAAUACUGCAAUACUAAACGCAGCCAUGGACAAGGGUGGCACUGUCUCUGACAAAGAAACAGAUUUUGUAAUCCUGUGCAACUCUUUAAAAUGUGGGAUGUUGUCGGGCCUGGACAUUAUGGCAUCAGCCUGAAGACGAUGGACUUCCUGAAGCAGGGCAGGUCUUCCUAAUUGCACUGUUACUAUACCAUUAUUACAGUAUAUAUACAGCCUUAUCUUCUGUUCCCAACUGUGGCGCUACAAAGAGUGGUGGGGAGAAGAUCCAUCCAUACUGGAGUAUUACUCCCUCAUGACUGAGCGGAAUGAACAUAUAGGACAAUGUAAUUGCUGCCAUCUGCUGGACUGGAGGAGCUCUCAUCUUUAUUUAUGGGAAAAUGUGUAUGCGCUUAUAGGACCAGCAGUAUAUAGCGCCUGCGGAGCGGGUCCUGGAGGACAGUAACCUAUUACCUCACAAACAUCAGCGCUCUUACCACAAAGUGACAUCCUGCUGAAGAAGUAUUCUAACGGGAUCGUCGUUUCUGUAAUAAAUAUGCAUGACAAGGCCUGCUAUACCAAAAACCAAAUAGAAACUUUUCUGUCAAUUUUCCAA